UCCCCCAUCUCGGCGUAAGGAAAUGAAGAGGAGGCUCCACAAGAAGUACUUAGUUUUGAUUUUGGCAUAUUCAGGCUUACUUCUGCUUAUCCCCUACGUGUUAGAUAACGGGGAUAAAUCCGCCCGGAAUGCCAAAUUGCCGCAGCAACAGCCCAGAUGCCCCGACCUGGAGAACACGGUGGCUCUCCUCUGGGAUAACGGUUUCAAAGCAAACGGCAGCGACGCGGCGGAGAACCCGGCGCCGACGAACAAGAGCCAGUCCCGGACGCACAUCUACCUGCACGCCACCUGGAGGACCGGCUCGUCGUUUCUGGGGGAGCUGUUCAACCAGCACCCGGACGUUUUCUACCUGUACGAGCCCAUGUGGCACAUCUGGCAGACGCUGUACCCCGGCGACGCCGGCAGCCUGCAGGGCGCGGUGCGCGACAUGAUGAACUCCCUGUACCGCUGCGACUUCUCCGUCCUCAAACUUUACGCCGGCUCGCAGAACAUCACCACGGCGUUCAUCUUCGGCUGGAAGAUGAACAAGGUGAUCUGCUCGGAGCCGCUGUGCGACGCGCACCGGCGCCACGAAAUCGGGCUGGUGAGGGAGGACCAGUGCGCCAAGUGCCAGAAGCGGGACCUGCGGGAGCUGGAGAGGGAGUGCAAGAAGUACCCGGUGAUGGUGAUCAAGGGGGUGCGCGUUCUGGACCUGAGCACCCUGGUCCCGCUGAUGAGAGACCCGGCGAUCAACCUGCAGAUCAUCCAGCUCUUCAGGGACCCGCGGGCCGUGCACAACUCGCGGCUCAAGUCCAAGCAGGCCCUGGUGAAGGAGAGCAUCCAGGUGCUGCGCAGCAAGAAGCAAACCGACAAGUACAAGCGGCUGCUGGUGCCCAGCAACAGGAUGAACCGGGCGGAGAGCUACGUGGCGAGCGCCAUGGAGCUGAUCUGCGACAACUGGCUGAGCGACAUGAUGCUGGUGAUGAGCGCUCCGCCGUGGAUGAGGAGGAACUACCUGCGCCUUCGCUACGAGGACCUGGUGCUGCGCCCCAUGGAGGAGCUGCAGCGGCUCUUUCGCUUCUCCAACCUCUCCAGCUUCCCGGCGCUGGAGAGGUUCGCGCUGAACAUGACGCACGGCCAGGGCUACUCGUCGGACAAGCCCUUCCUCAUAUCGUCCAGGGACGCGAAGGAGGCGAUCUACGCAUGGCGGGAGCGGCUGAACGUGGAGCAGAUCGGCCAGGUGGAGGCCUACUGCAGCGAAGUGAUGAGGCAGCUGGGCUACGAGAGGAACAGCGUGGUGGAGAAAACCACAUGAGGAUCGGAAAGCAGCGUGUGUGUCGGGGGCGGAGGGGUCCUCCUAAUCAAGGCUGAAGGGCAGAAGGUGGAAUAACAAAACAGGCUGAAGGAAUGCAGUCCGCUAGGACCUCUCAAGCGUGCCUCUUGGGUUGUUUUUAUCCUCACCCGAGCUGGGUCGAUGACCUGGAGAAAUGGUGAUACUGAAAAGACGAGGAGGAGGAGGUGUGUGUGUAGGGGAUAAAUGGGGGGGGGAGGAGAAAAGAGAGAGAAAGCGCUGCCAAUCGGACUCAGUUGGAUUUGAAACGAGGAGAAGGAAGCUUAUUUUCUCACGACGCUGCCUGUUUGACACCAGCAGGGUCCCGUGGAGAUGUGGAGGAGUUGGGGAGGGAAAAAACAAGAGACGGGGGCUGGUUUGUGCUGCCGUUACUCUGACCGACCUCUGUCCUUUUUAGAAGCACUAAUCCCUCCUCAAAUCCUGUUCAAACCGGGGCCAUAAAAAAACCUGAGAUGGGGGGUCUUUCUCGGGACAUGGAUCCAGGGUGGCAGCGUUAAGUUCGGCCUUACUGGAGCGACUUAUCCAUCCGGCCUGUGACUAAGCACGGCAGCAACCCCCAGCAUUACCGACUUAGUGAUGUUAAACAGAGACUGGCUCACUAACAGUGCUGAAAGAAGAAACUACAGUAUUUUUCUGGGGUGGGAAGGGGAAGCCCAAAAACCCCUCUCACUGAGGAGCUAUUGUUCCGCCCCUGGGCCCUCUCAGGAAUCCGGACAGCUGCAAGAGCCUCUUUGACAAAUCUCUCACGUGGGUGUGAAAUUUUCUGAUCAGCCGUAGAAUUCCUGAAGUCCUGCUUCUGUCCUCUGAGUGGUGGACCUCUUCGUUUCCUUUAAUCCACAACGGCCCACGGCUGUUGUGGUAACACUUUAUUUGAAGGGGUGUGCAUAAGACGGACAUGAAUGUUGUCAUGAAGUGUCAUUCUGUAAAUAAUG